AUGCUCUUUCAGGACACUAUGAAGGCUCUGUAUUGUCAGCAGAAUUCAGCUGGAGAGGAAAUUGCAUUUGUCUUCCAGGAAAGGGAAAAUCUUCCUGUUACAAGAGACAAUGAUGUGAAAAUACAGGUUAAAGCCUGUGCUCUGAGCUGGACAGAUAUAAAGCUUUUAUCAGAACUGAAGAUGAAGAAAGAAUUUCUACCUGUUGGGAGGGAAAUUGUUGGAGUGGUAUUGGAGGUUGGAAGCAAAGUGUCCUUCUUUCAGCCAGAUGAUGAAGUAGUGGGAAUCUUGCCCCUGGAUUCGGAAGAGUCUGGUCUCUGUGAAGUUGCUCUAGUUCAUGAGCAUUAUUUGGUUCAUAAACCAGAAAAAGUCCCUUGGGUUGAAGCAGCAGGGACCAUUCGUGAUGGCCUACGAGCAUACACAGCCCUACAUUAUCUUUCCCAUGUUUCUCCUGGAAAAACUGUACUAGUAAUGGAUGGAGCAAGUCCAUUUGGUACAAUAGCUAUUCAGUUAGCACAGCACAGAGGAGCCAAAGUAAUUUCUACAGCAUAUAGUCUUGAAGACAAGCAGUACUUGGAGAGGCUUAGACCUCCUGUGGGCAUGAGGCAACCUUUAAUUGCUCGAGUCAUUGAUGUCUCAAAUGGUAAGAUUGAUGUGGCAGAAAGCUGUUUGGAGGAAACAGGCGGGCUGGGAGUGGAUAUUGUCCUAGAUGCUGGAGUGAGAUUAUACAGUAAAGAAGAUGAGUCAACAUUAAAACCGCAACUGCUGCCACACAAACAUGAUAUCAUUACACUUCUUAGUGUUGGAGGACACUGGGUAACCACAGAGAAAAACCUCCAGUUGGACCCUCCAGAUAGCCAUUGCUUGUUUCUUAAGGGAGCCACAGUCUCUUUUCUGAAUGAUGAAGUAUGGAAUUUGUCAAAUGUGCAACAAGGGAAGUAUCUUUGUAUCUUAGAAGAUGUAAUGGAGAAGUUAUCAAAUGGUAUUUUCAGGCCUCAAUUGGAUGAACCAGUCCCAUUGUAUGAAGCCAAAGUUUCUAUGGAAAUAGUUCAGAAGAAUCAAGCAAGAAAAAGACAAGUCAUCCAAUUCUGAAGCACAAUUUCCUUGUUUCUAAGACUGGGAGACAGAGAGAUGUAAUAUAUUUGAGAAGUAAAUUGGUGUGCAACUUCAAAUAGUUCUGUAGCUAGUGUCUGAAGAUAGCGUCUGGGCUGUGAAUGUUUUGGUACUGAGACUUUUAGUUUCCCUGUAUCAAAUCUAAUAGAAUGAUUCCAUCAACAACUUUAAAGAGAUACCAUUAACUUAAAAAUCACAUCUGUCUGAUUUUUCCUCCUAUUACUGUUAUAAGUAACAUCUAAGAUUAUUUUGGGGUUAGAGGAAAAAAUAUUUUUUCUGAUUGUUCAGUUUUAUUUUUUGCAUUCGACACUAUCUGAAUAGUCUGCUUCAGUCUUUGACAUACUCUUUUUAAACAGGGAAGAGAAAAAUAUUAAAAUAUAAGAAAAUGUAGUAGUAAAACUAGCAAAAUUGGCAGAGGGAUUCUAGGGGUAGGCACAACUUGUUUGUAACAAGGUUGGGGUUUUUUUGUUUUUUUUUUUUGGAGGGGGGGUUCAGACUGAUUUGUUUUCAAGUUUAUUGUGUCCCUUUAAGAUUUGAAUUACUGUUCUACAACCAUUUCAUAACAUCACACUUUUAUAUAGCUAUAAAAUUAAGGUAGACAAAAGUGAAUGAAAGAUUACGCAGAUAUGAGGUCAGUCUUUCGCUUUAGUGUUCAAUUCAUGUUAAUGUUCAAUGCACUUUAUUGCACAUAGACUUUGUUCCUUUUUAUAUGGCUAAAGAGUAGGAAAUGUAAACUGGAUUUCUAUCUCUGACAUCAUUCCUAAAACACCUUCUGUGUUCUUUCGUUUACACCCUUUCACUUUUGCUCUUUAAGAUUAACUAGUCAUAUACUAAUGUUCAUGAGAUCAGCUUGUCCAACACCAUUCUCCUUUUUACCACCACACACACCAGCAUGCAUCCUCAAGGAAAAACCUACAGCUCUUUCAGUGAGUCCUACAGCUUCACUGCUUGUUACUGCUUGAGAUCUGAAGCCAUUAAUAGAGCAGUUGGGUACAAUCUAAAUCACUGUCGGAGGGGAUGGUUCAAAGUGUGAGCACAUGCACUUUGAAAUCUAGGUAUUACAUUGUUAGAUUUAAUCCUGAGUAACAGCAUUCAGUGUUGUUGUAGCUGUGUUCGUACCAGGAUAUUAGAAAGACAGGGUGGGUGAGGUAAUAUCUUUUAUUGGGCUAACUUCUGUUGGCGAAAGAAAGAAACUUUUGAGUUGACAUAGAACUGUUCUUCAAAUCUGGGAAUUGUUUUGUUUUUUUCCCCCCAGACCUGAAGAAGAGCUCUGUGUAAGUUCAAAAGUGUCUCUCUCUCACCAACAGAAUUUGGUCCAAUAAAAGUUAUUACCUUACCCACCUUUUCUCUCUACUGUACCUUAACAGUAUGUCAAUUUACCUUGGUAUGCUGUUUUUCUAGUCACUGGGAUUAUCGCAUGUCCUCAGUAAAUCACAUAAUGCAGGUUAUAAGAAGUACGAAAAAAAUCUAAUUUUUCCGUUUGUGAUAUAAUGCAAGCUUGAGAACAGGUACUGUUUUAUACAGAACAUACACAUAUAAAAUUACAUUAAGGCAUUGAUCUCUCUUAUUUGAAAUCAGUCUUGAACCCAUGGUAUAUCCAGCAGUGUAUUAUAUUUAUUAUUUAUUCUCCUCUCACUUUCAUUUCAGUUUCAGUGCCUACAAAAUAAAAGGAGAGAGAAUAGAGGGAAUGGAAAUAAAAAUGUAAUGACAAAGAUGGAAUCGGUUUAACAAAACUAGAAAAGUAACAAUAAAAUUGCAAAGGGAAAAAAGAAUUGAGAGACUUCUAGGUCCUAGAACUAUGUCUGAUUAUUUUUUUUACUGUACUCUGUACAUUUUGACUGUUGGUCUCAUAAAUGGGGGGAAAGCA